GUGGAUAAGCGGCGAUUGCAGAGCUAGCGUUGUCAUCGCUCGGAGUCCUGCUGUGUGUACCUCGUCCGGACAAUUCCCUCGGCAACAUGGUUAGCGCGCUAGCACUGUUCUCCGCGGUCGCCUUGCUAAGUGGCGCGUGCUCGGCCGCUCCUACCGACGAAGCGAGCGCUGCCCCCGCACAAGGACCCGGCGGCCUCGCCAGGCGUUUCGAGCAAAUCGAGCAAGCAUGUUUCCAAGAAGCUCAGUUCACUGCAGAAGAGACAUCGACAGUAGUGGAUGUCCGCAAGCGAGCCACAGAAGAAGUGGGAUCGCACAACGUGAACCAGCAGCUUGAUUUCCUGGAGUACAUUGACCGCUACGCGCCAACCCCUGAAAUUGCCCGCGGCAUCCGGUCCAAAUGGAACGCAUUUACAGUGUGUGUUGGUCGCGAAGCUGCCAAACUGGCGUCCAGCAGGCCAUAGUGCUUUCACAGAUGCUACAAGACAACCACUUCCGGGUGGGCACUUGUGCCAGUUUUUCCUAAAUAAAUUGUCUUAUUUACUUACUCA